AUGGGCGACAGGUCAUCAAUCUGCGUUACUGUACGAGUUCGACCCUUCACAAUCCGGGAGGCAGCUCAAAUAACCCGAAUUGAUGAUGCUCCAACGUUCUUUGGUGAUGGCUCUCUUGCCAGUAUGCCAACGCCAAAGCUCACGGGCAAGGGUGUACGGAGUGUAGUUAAGGUUAUAGAUGACCGUGUCCUUGUCUUUGACCCGCCUGAAGAUAACCCUGUAGCACGAUACCAAAAGACAAUAUUGCCGCAGGGGAAAAAAGUUAAGGAUAUGCGAUUUGGAUUUGAUAGAGUGUUUGAUGAAACAGCAACACAAGAUGAGGUUUAUGAAGCUACUACGAGAUCACUGCUGGACAGUGUGCUGGACGGAUUUAACUCUACGGUGUUUGCAUAUGGUGCAACGGGAUGCGGGAAGACACAUACCAUUAGUGGAACUCCACAACACCCGGGAAUCAUCUUUCUUACGUGCGCCGAGCUUUUUGAUCGUAUCAACGCGCUGUCUGGCGAGAAAGAAAUUGAGCUCACCCUCUCUUAUCUCGAAAUCUACAAUGAAACUAUCAGAGAUCUCCUCGUUCCAGGCGGCAGUAAGCUAGGGCUUCAGCUCCGAGAAGACACCAAUCAGAAUAUCUCGGUCGCUGGAUUGUCGACGCAUUCGCCCAAAAAUGUUCAGGAGGUCAUGAACAUGAUUUUGAUGGGGAACGCCAACCGAACAAUAUCACCAACAGAGGCAAAUGCCACCUCUUCACGAUCCCACGCAGUCUUACAAAUUAAUGUCAUGCAGAAGCCCAGGACGGCAGGAAUGUCAGAGAAUCACAUGUUUGCUACUUUGUCAAUCAUUGAUCUUGCUGGAAGUGAACGUGCAUCAGUCACAAAGAACAGGGGCGAUAGACUUCUCGAGGGUGCCAAUAUCAACAGGUCGUUGCUUGCACUUGGAAAUUGCAUCAAUGCACUUUGUGACCCUCAUAAAUCUAACCAUGUCCCGUACCGAGACUCUAAACUCACGCGUCUUUUAAAGUUUUCAUUGGGCGGCAAUUGCAAGACAGUUAUGAUCGUUUGUGUCAGUCCUUCGAGCCAACAUUAUGAAGAGACUCAUAAUACCCUCAAAUAUGCGGACCGCGCGAAGAAGAUCAAGACAAAGGUUUCCAGAAAUACGAUGAACGUGAAUAGGCAUGUAAGUCAGUAUGUUAAAGCCAUCUAUGAGCUCCGGACCGAGGUGGAAGAACUUAAGAAACGCCUCAACGACUCGACAAAGGAAGCUAUGGAGAAGAUAGUUAAGCAAGGGGGUGCCAAGGAUACAGCGAUGAGGGAGGGAACAAGAAAGCUAAAGGCCGCAUAUGAACAUUCGAAGGACCUGCAGAGGGAAAGAAUUAAUGACUUGAAGAGCUUGAGGGUGGUAGAGAGACGUAUAUCGUUAGUCUCCACAUGGAUAGCUGCAUUCGACCACGUGUUCAAGAAUCGUCAAUACAAUCAACAACCAACCGUCUAUAAGGCACGAGAUGAAGCUGAGAAAGUGCUUUCAGAGCUAAGAGGAAAUCAGAAAUACCUUCAGCAAAAACUUAGCGGACCGGGCUGUGAGAAGGUUAUUGAUCAAGCCCUAAUGUUAAGUUUACGCAGCCUCCAAGCAAUCGAAGGUAUCAUGGAAACCGACCUUUCUGCACUAACCUGUGAGGCCAACCUUCUCAAGAUGACUGCUGAGCGGGAUGCACUACACGCAGUGGCGAACACUGAUCCAGACUUCUCCUCUAUAAUACACACUCUCUCAAAGGCGCACUUUGAGACUGUUGCUAAGCUUAGCCAGAUUGGAGAGAUUAACGUUUCAGAAGAACAGGCUGUUGAACAGGCGAGAAAAUCACUUUUCGAGGUCCAAAAGGCUGCAUCGGAUGCGGUCUCUCAUAUCAUUAAACCGAAUGGAGAGUUGGCCUCGAUAGAUAGCUACCGACCAGCUCAAUAUACGCAGCCUGUCCAGUCUGGUACGCCAAGACGCAGAAUGGGAAUCCCCGUUCCAUCUCCAGCAAAACAGCCAAAUUUUAACAACGUCGCUACAGCUCCCCCCCAAUCAUUUGAACCUCAAACAUCUCUUCCUCAUCCUAAGUCGCCAAGACCCGUCAAGGUGAAGACCCCCAAGAAAGGUGUUAAGUUUGGACGAAAGCCAGACCCGAAAAAGAGCGUCAGGUGGCAGGAUGAGGAUGAAGAUGGAGAAGAUGACACCUUUCUGGAUGAACCGCGCCAAAAACGACUCAACGAGACUUCAACGAUUUUCGAGGAAUCUAUCUAUGAUGAUACGAAUGAAAGAACCCGACAAGAAUUUUCACUUUCGUUCGAAGCAUCACAAGGGAUUGUAGCUCCCCCAAUAAGGCCAAGGAACAACAGGCUAGAAGUAGGAUUCUUAUCCAAGAAUAAAGAUACCAAGCCAUCAAUCGAUCUAAAUCCGAUGCGGCAGCGCUCGGCGACUAUCUCCACAACUCACAAGCGGAGGGUUUCCGCGAGCACAUCACAGAUUAGUCCAAACGGUGAUAUGUUCGGGAUUGGGCACGCCCGCAGGAUGCCUCGAAGCGAACGAGACAACAGGAAUGGGAGUGGUAACAUGUCAACAGUAUUAAGUCCUAAGAGGGAAGGUGUGAAGGCGAGUGCGAGGAGAAUGACAGUCAAUGGUGGGAGUUUUAGAGUCAAUAAAGAUGCAUUAUUAGGUCAUGUUAGGGAGAGUCAAAGAGAGCGGGCGGGGAGAGAAAGCAUUGGUGGUGCAGGAUUAGGGAGAAAUAAAUGGCGCUAA